AUGAAGUCAGCUGCGAAGGCGAUCUUUAUUUUCACGACCUUGCUUGUUUGUUGCAAUUCCGGUGAGUUAUGGCCAUUUUGUGCGUUGGUUAUGACUGAGCUUGUAUGGUAGUUGAUUGCUGGUAUUUUAGUCAUCAGCUUUUAACAUAAAAUUGCACAAAGGGGGUUAUAUAGGUCGAAUUAUUGGGGAAUAUGUAUAAGGCGUUACUUUUUUCGGACUUCGUCGCCGAAACCUUGGAUUUUUUGUGUGUGGGCCACUCGACGAGGUCUGGGUAGACUUUGCUGAGUCGACAAGAAUCGGUGUCCAGAGUGAAGUAAAAGUUGUCUUGGAUGCAGACAAUCCUGGUUGUGAUUCCAGUGUAUAAACUGGGGCUAAUUCCAAAAUUUUGAACCAUUAACGCCUUUACUACCCCAUCUGUUGAUCGGAAGAUCGGUUUGCAUGGUCACAAUCAGAGAAAUAAUUUUGUUUGGGCCCAAAAACAUUUUGGAGUUCUUGUCUGAGGUAACAGACACGAUCCUUUUUAGUUCUGAAAAGAACAACGCUUCCACUUUUUCUGUUGAGGCUCAAAAAAGGUACCAAAAUGUAUCAUUUUUAGUAUCAUAGUGAUUGCAUCAAAUCUAAUAUCUGCUUCAAAUAAUUUUCGGUUAUUUUGUCAGCUGGAACGUUGUUGUUGCUUUGGACUUUUACCCCCAUUUUUCAGAACGUUAGAGGAGCUACUGUUUCUACAAGAAAAAAUGUUUUAUCUUUGACGGAAAUCAUUGUUUCCAUUGACAGGGGGAGCCGUUCCUUUCGCUCGGGAAAGAAAAACUUUUUGUUUACAAAACCAAGUAAUACAACUAAACUUUUUUUGGUAAAUCACAACGCUUAGUUCUUCCAAUUUUUUGGUGGCAUGAGUACUUGGUUGAUGUCUCUGUUAUUCCUGGCAACGACUGUUUUACAAAUGAGCCCCAUAUGUAUACUUCCUUAUUGCGCAAGUGAUGAAAAAACGACGGAAAUGUAUAAAAAAUGGCGCUGCAAAAUUUUUCUUUAAGUAUUUUUACUACUCCCACUAAUUAUUUACACUUUCUAAAUGCAAUAAACGGCCUCUAAACCAGUGCUGAUCUGUUUUACAAGUGAAUGUUAUGCCUGGACUCAAAUUUGUAGCGUUGUUUUGUCGUAAACCACCAAGUAAUAGUAAAGUUUUUAUUUUCAGAAGCAUCGAGUUACUUCGUAAAGCAUAAACUAAGUCUGAGAAACAACUUGUUAAGAGCCGUAAAAUGCGCAAGGUUUACAAGAUUUUAUGAGUAAUGGGCGUGCAUAAUUGAUCGUUAUCGGGGUGGGUGUCUAAAGUAUAAAACAGAGGUAUUUUAAAAUGACGUAAGGAUCAUGAAGGCGAUAGAUUGGGAUGUUCAGAAAAACGAUAAUUGCUUGGGUUUUCUGACAGACAACAUGACAAGAGUAGAUUGCGCAAAUUGGCAUUGAUACAAUAAGGAAAUCAAACGUGUUAUAGUUCCGCCUUGUUGCUAGAGAACGCUAAAAGAGGUGUAUAUUAUAUUAUAUAUUCCUCGGUGAUGAGUAGGCGCAGUUUUGGCUGGGGCUUGCCGGCGAUUACAGCGGCCAACGUGGAAUCUGACAGAAGGUGUCGGAAAAAGGCUACUUUCACUUGGAAAUGGGUUCGAAACGCCAUUUGAAUGCUCGUAUAUGGCCUAUAUAUCCCCCUGUAAACUUCAAAAUUCCCCGUAAAAUUCCCACUAUCAGCGUUUUAAUCAUCAUUUUUUCAGACGGAGUUUCGAACGGUGAGUUCUCCCUUUACAUUGGCCGAUCCAAUUAUUACGUUCGAAAAGGAGAUGAGAAAUACCAAGGACCAGACAAGUUUAAGCCUUCCGUCAAAGAGCUGACUCCCGGCUACACAGGUCCAGCCGUAUUUUACGCAUUCGAAGAAGGAGGAAAGGCCAAGGCGAUCGAUUAUAUUAACAACAAAGUCACUGAGAAAGACCCCUCGGAUUCUCGGAAGUUACAAGAUUGGGCUAGAGAAGUGGCUCCAUUCGAAUGA